AUGGAUACAAACUAUCAUAUUUUUUCAGAUAGAAACAAAAAUAAUAAAGAAAAGAUUAUAGAAAGUACACCAACUUCAGUAAAAUACGAAUUACCACCAGUUGUAUUUUUAAAAGAUGAAGAUAGAAUUAACGAACACCCACUAGUAAAUAAAGAAUACACAGAUGACGACAAAAGAUACAUGGAAUUAAUGUUUAGUUAUUUCAAAGAGUUUAUGAGACUACACAAAACCAAUUCAUUAUUUAAAAAAUCAAACUCAAUUAAUAAAGAUAGACCACAUUUCAGCGUAACUUUAGAUGGUAAUGAAAAACUACGUUGUAUUUUAAAUAACUACCCAAGAGCAUUGGAAAUGCAAAAGUUUUGUUGUGUAGGUUUCUUUGGUACUAGAAGUUUAGAUAAUUCAAAACUCCCCGAGAUCAUUCAAAGCGAUGACGCAUUGGUUAGCGCCCUCCCAGAGUUCCCAAAGAUAUUAGCAUAUGUCACCAUUCAAAGGGAUAUACCAGAAUCUGAAGAGCACCUUUCACAUCUUCCAAGUAGAAGUAUGUUUAACUAUGGCAAUAUUGUUAUCAUUGAAGAUUUUAACGUGGUUAACGAAUGGAGAAAUUUUACAGUUCACAAAGAUGCAAAUCAAUAUUUAUCACCACUUUAUUAUCAUUUAGUUCGUAUCCAUAAUGCUCAGAUUGCCAUUCCAUCUUCAUCAUUUUCCCAAUAUUUAGAAGAUGACAGUUCAAAAAAUCAACUUAUUCCUGAAAUCUCAUUUGUUAGAACCAAAUACUAUUCAUUUACUCCAGAUGGCAAGGUUAACUUUAGAGGCUUAAGGGAGUACAAAGAAAUUAGAUUCGCAUCAUUCCUUAGUUCAAAUGCCCAGGAUUUCUACAGUGCCGUUGUUGAAUCGAUUGCAAAGAAAUUCAAUAUCAAUGCUAAAUUCAUUGAUGUUUAUUCAGAGAUGGAAAAAGAUAAACAUCCAAACAUGUCAGAAAAACCACAUAAACUCAUGGCUCAAUAUGGUAUCGAUUUCGCAUUUAUGUGUGGUUUAUCGUAUGCUUUAGGGGAUCAUAUUUUAGAACCAUUGGUAUCACCAGUUAGAACCGAGUCGAUAUACCAACAACAGCCACAGUACUAUAGCUUUUUAGUUGUUAGAUCAGAUAGCGGUAUCGACUCUUUACACAGCGCAAAAGGGAAGGUGUUUGGUUACAACGAAAAAGAGUCUUAUUCAGGCUACCAAAUUUUAGAAAGGCAUCUUUUAGACAAUCUUUUAUCAAAAUCAAUCGAUAACUACUUUAGCAAAACAAUUAAAACCACAAGCCACUUAAAAUCAAUCGAGGGUGUUUUAAAUGGUCAAUUCGAUAUUGCUUCAAUAGAUUCUACAGUAUAUGAUGCCGAGCUAUUAAAUGGGGAAUCAAGAAAGCAAGAGCUAUUAAACAAUACCAAAAUCAUCGGUAUAUUGGGUCCAUCAACCAUGCCACCACUCGUUGCUAAAAAGUAUUCACUUUUCUUUAAUGAUUACCAUAAGGAAAUUCAAUCAUAUCUCACAUCAGACGAAUUUAAAGAAUCGUUAAAACCAUUAUUAUCAAAUAGAAACUAUUUAGAAUUUAAAAAAGUUUUAUCUGAAAAUUUUAAUAGUUUUAAAUAA